AUGGUGUUAAUACAGCAGCUUUUAAUCUUGUCGUUGUUGGCUGCAGCCAUAAUGGCUCAGUGCCCUGCUCCAGCUGACCUGAAACUGAACAGUGUAUGUGCCAGGAUGUUUGAAGACAGCAGCUACUACAAUGAUAAGUCCUGUGGAGGAAGUUACUUAGAUGCCAAGAAUGGAGAUGACUUUCCAUUUAUGCCACUGGGAUGGGGCAACAGGAUCUCUUCUAUGGUAGUUGCCACUCGCUGUGAAAUAAGAGUCUGGUCUACAGCUGCAAAGCUGGGAAACAAUCGCCUUUUCAGCACUGGCACUUACUAUCAACUUAGAGAUUAUGCACAAGGUCUGUUUGGAGACUGGAAUAAUGCAAUCUCUUCCUACUACUGCAAGUGCAAUUAA